AACAUUGACGGAGGAACAGGGAAAUGUGUCAAAAAAAUAGAAUUUCAAUAAUGGUUUCUUGUUUUGCCGAAAGGAAUUAAACUUGCGUAAAAAUAGGUAACGAAUUAGGAAUCCUCUCCUAAUAAAAUCAUGGAUUUUGAAAGCCCCGAUGUUGAAAAGGACUUUCCAGGCCUGUACGCAUCGGAGAGUGGGAGAAAAAGUAAUGAAAGUGACUUUAGUGAUGGAGCUGAUCAUGAGAAACCUAGCAAGAAAGACCUAUUAGGAAGGCGCAAAGAAAAGAAAGAGAAGAAAGACAGAGGCUAUGCUGCUUUGGAAGGAGAAAGUUCACCUGAAGAGGAUACUGAUACCAAAAGUCCGUCAAAAUCGAAGAAAACAAAAUCGUUCAAGUUCCCCACUAAAAGUAAGGAGAAGCGUGAGAAAUCCCGUGACAAAGAGAAAGUACUAGAAGAUGCAGCAAAGCAAAGGGAGCGCGAAGAAAAGGAAAAGAAAAAAGAAAAGGAACGAGAGAAGGAGAGGGAGAGAGAGAAGAAGGAGAAAGAAAAGAGGGAUAAACUGAGAGAGAAAGACAAGGAAAAGGAAGAGAAAGCGAAAUUCAAACUAGAGUCUAAGGAAAAACUUAAAGAUGAGAAGAAGGAUAAGACAAAGGACAAAGACAAGGAAAAAGUUAAAGAGAAAGAAAAGGAAAAGGUGAAAGAAAAGGAUAAAGAUAAGAAAGACAAGAAGUUGACGAAAGUUCCCUCGACGUUCACGUGUGGGAUACCUUUUGAAGAGAUAUUUACUUUGGGAGUGGCGUUACCAAUAUUCGGAGUACCCUUAUCACAAUCAGUGGAGCGAUCGCGAUGCCACGACGACACUGGACUGCCUCUCGUUGUGAGAGACAGUAUCGAUUACUUGCAGGCGCACGGUUUGAAAUCGACUCAGAUAUACCGCACGGAGCCUGACAAGAUAAAACUGCAGCAGCUGAAGAAACUGUUCACGGAUCGAGGACCCACGUUCCCUUACCACUGGGACGUGCCCGUCGCUUGUGCUAUGCUGAAGUGCUUUAUUAGCGAACUCCCGGACUCUAUACUAACACAAGAGCUCCACGGUCAGUUCGAGCAGGCCACAGCUAUCGCCGAGCCACAGCGCGAGGCCAGCAUGCUGUCGCUCAUAGCCAAGCUGCCGCCGCACAACUACAGCCUGCUGGCCUGGCUCAUGCGCCACUUUGACGCCGUGCUGGCUAACGAACAGGCAAAUCACGCGAACAUACAAACGAUAGCAACGGCGAUGGGUCCCGCGCUCAACAUGUCGCUCAAUCUGCUCACUUACUUCAUCACCAAGGCUGAGAAACUCUUCCCUGAUGUCCAGCUUACCAAAUACGUACCUCCCCUCGCGUCAAUCCCCCCAGACUUCCCAGAGACGGCUCCAGAGAUAAGCCUGGAGCUCCGCAAGCAAGAGUCUCUGCUCAACCAGAUCCACGCGGAAAUGCACGCCGGGUUCAUCACGCCCGCCAGAGACCAGCAACUGUGGGAGGCGCAGAGAAUUGUUACUCAGUUGAAGAGAAAACUUCGCUCCGUACAAAAAUCCGUAGAGCCAACGAACUCUCUACAGCCACAACACGCCUCCCUGGACGAAAAACAAGAGAAACCAGAGGAAGAGCCGGCUAGACGGAAUUCACAGCCUUCCCAACCAUCACAGUUGUCAGAACUACCCACACCACAGGACACUGAAGUGAAAACACCCAAUGAGCCAUUCACAGACCCUAAAGAAUCACCCAGCACCGAACCUAUCUUCGAAGCAGAAUUCGAAGACAAUUUCGAAUUCAAACCAGAAACAAACGUGCCCAUAAAAGAAACACCCGAACACGAGAUACCCCCAGCCGAACCGGUUAAGGAAAAACCAAAACUGACGGAAAAAGAACUCAAAGUAUUACGAUUAGAACUCGAAAAUGCUGAGUACUUGCAACUUAAGUCUCUUCUCCAAGCGAAAAUCAACUCUGAACAGUUUGAAAUCGUUAAACUUAGGAGUCAUGUUGCUUUGAAGAAUAAGCAAGCAGAAGGCACUCAGAGUGCUAAAGAUAGUAAAGAAAAUAAUACCCCAGAAGAACAAGAAUUACGACAAAGACUGAUCAAGGAAAACGCCAUGUUAGAACAAAAGAGAGUUAACCUUAUCAAUCAAAUAUUCCAAGAAAGGGUCGCUUGUAUACAAUUGAAAAUAGAACUAGCUAUGAAGGAAAUAUUAUCGAAGUCGUAAAGUGAUGAUAAUUUAUGAGAUAAGGAUAAAAGCUUGGCAUAUUAUGUUACCUGUGAUUGUAAUCAUUUUGCAAAAGGAACUGAGUGGCUGCUAGAUGAGAUUAAUAAGCAGAAAGAUUGUGAUCAGGAUAGCAUUAACAUAAUCGAUAUUCUAUAAAUCGUGGAAAUAUUCAUUCCUAUAAUAGAGUAGAUCCUGACUAAACUACGCGACGAAAUUAUGCUAGACGUAAUAAAUGUAGUGUGAAUCUCUUCCUUAAUAAUUUCUAGCAAAAAAAUAUAGACGAUUGGUGACUAUUUACGUUAUGAUAGGUUCUUUCUGGAAACGAAGCGAAAUAUAACUAAUAUUAGUCUCAAAACUAGAAUAAGUAUAAUUAUUUAUUUAUUAAUAUAUUCUUGUUGCAUGUUGUACAUGGAAAAUGACAUUAUAUAACAACAAAAUAAAAUAACAUGCCUAUGAAUUAUUCAUGACAUUGCCGCAUUUCGAAAUGGCUAUCUUAUCUUUCUAAGACUGCAGUAAUAUUUAUAUACUACUUACAUAAAUAGAUAUAGUAAUAUAUUAAGACGUGAAUGUGCAUUACAUGAUGAAUUUUCUGUUAUAAAGUACAGCUAAUUCACAUGUAGAAUUUGACAUUGUAAAUGCCAAAAUAUAAUAAUCUUGAUAGUGUAAUACACCAAGGAACUUCCGUAUUGAUUAAUCAAGUAUUUGAUCAAAUAAACACUAUUGUACAUAAAA